AGGGGAAAGAAAAGGAAGAAAAGCAGGCUCAGAGACACAAACACGCAACAUACGAUACGAGCACGCACACAUGUUGACUCCGGACAUCUGGAAACGCUUGUUCCCGUCGCGAUCCAAAAGUAGAGCCUCCUCGAAGUCCAGAGGGUACGAUUUGGGGCACCGCCAUCCCUUGCGAUUUCAAUCAGAAAGCUCGGGAGGCAUCAUGUCCAUCAAGUGUUUCAAUCUCUGCUCGGGCCUCAGAUUCCUGGGCUACUUGAUGAUCCUUCUUGUUGCUGCAAUUAUCGCUGUCUCCUACUGCGCCGUCGUUGUGCUCAGUUUGGGCCCUCCCUUGCUUCGUGGUGGCCUCCCUUCCUUCCUCUCCUUUCUCCUCCUCUUUCUCUUCCAUCUCCUGCUCAUGCUAUUAAUUUGGAGCUAUUUAAUGGUAGUUUUCAGGGACCCUGGGUCGGUCCCUGAAAAUUGGAGACCAGUACCAGAGGAGGAGAGUCUGGAGGCAGGCGGAUCUGUCGCCUUUGGUCCUGAGCCCUCAUCCUCUGCUGCCUGGCCCUCUUCAGAUGGGUCCCGAAGUGGACCCGCCAUAGGUUUCUGCAAUCAAUGCCGCAACGGAAAGCCACCACGGUGUCACCAUUGCUCCGUCUGCCAGAGAUGUGUUCUUAAGAUGGAUCACCACUGUGUUUGGGUGGUAAAUUGUGUCGGGGUACGCAACUACAAGUUUUUCCUUCUUUUCUUGCUAUAUACAUUCCUGGAGACAACAAUGGAUGUUUUGAUAUUGCUUCCCAGUUUUAUCAAAUUCUUCAGUGAAGCAAAGAAUCAUUCUACAUCUCCUGGCAAACUAGCUGUCAUUUUUGUGGCCUUUGUACUAAAUUUAGCUUUCGCAAUGAGUCUUCUUUGUUUCCUGGUUAUGCAUGCGUAUCUUGUGUCAAGCAACACGACAUCAAUUGAGGUUUAUGAGAAGACAAAGGAGAUCAGGUGGAAGUACGACUUGGGCAGGAAGAAGAAUUUUGAGCAGGUUUUUGGCACAAAAAAGGCGCUAUGGCUCUUUCCAUUGUUUUCAGGAGAGGAUUUGGAACAAAUACCAGCACUUCAGGGCUUGGAGUUCCCAACACGGUCAGACAUAGAGAUUUGAAGCCUUUGUUCACCCCCCUAGGGGUUGUUCAGCUGCUUUGUAUUUACCCGUGAUUAAUCACGGUGCCUUUUAUCUGGCAAUGUAGACAUCAGAUUUCCAUGGUGGCAAUUAAUUGCUUUUUCUGUACAACCCGUGUAUUAUUUUUAAUCCUUUGGUUAGAUCUACGGAUUGAAUAUCUAUCCUAGCACUUGCAUCCCUGUAAUAGAAAUUUAGAUUAGCUGUUGAUAUCAAACUUUUCUACUUACUUGCAGACGAGCAUCUUUCCAAAUUCUUUGUAGUCCAUCUUUGGAUGUUUGAUAUUUUUUCUGAAUUCUUUGUA